UCCUCUCCACAAUCUCUCUCACUCUUCGUUCUGAGAAUUCUCGACAAUUUUUUUUAAUCUCCGAAGUUCUCGAUCAUGACAUUGGAGCCUGCGAACACUGCUGGGGUUGCGAAAACGGCGACUCCAUUGUUGAAAGAUGAGCUUGAUAUAGUGAUUCCGACUAUAAGGAACCUUGAUUUUCUUGAGAUGUGGAGGCCAUUCUUUGAGCCUUACCAUCUGAUUAUUGUUCAAGAUGGUGAUCCGUCGAAGACAAUCAAAGUUCCAGAGGGGUUUGAUUAUGAGCUGUAUAAUCGUAAUGAUAUUAACAGGAUUCUGGGUCCUAAGGCAUCCUGCAUUUCAUUCAAGGACUCUGCUUGCCGUUGCUUUGGGUACAUGGUGUCCAAGAAGAAGUAUAUCUUCACAAUUGAUGAUGAUUGCUUUGUUGCUAAAGACCCUUCUGGCAAACCAGUCAAUGCACUUGCGCAGCACAUCAAGAACAUUCUCUCCCCAUCCACUCCCUUUUUCUUCAACACUCUGUAUGACCCUUUCUGUGAAGGUGCAGAUUUUGUCCGUGGAUACCCAUUCAGUCUCCGAGAGGGUGUCCCGACUGCUGUUUCUCAUGGUCUCUGGCUCAAUAUUCCUGAUUACGAUGCACCAACACAGCUUGUGAAACCUCUGGAGAGGAACACAAGGUAUGUUGAUGCUGUCUUGACCAUUCCAAAGGGCACCUUGUUCCCCAUGUGUGGUAUGAAUUUGGCAUUUGACCGUGAUCUUAUCGGCCCUGCCAUGUACUUUGGACUCAUGGGUGAUGGUCAGCCAAUUGGACGCUACGACGACAUGUGGGCUGGCUGGUGCACAAAGGUGAUCUGUGAUCAUUUGGGACUGGGAGUCAAGACCGGUCUUCCUUACAUUUUCCACAGCAAAGCAAGCAACCCAUUUGUAAACCUAAGGAAGGAGUACAAGGGAAUCUUCUGGCAGGAAGAGAUCAUUCCCUUCUUCCAAUCUGCUAUCCUCCCAAAGGACUGCACAACUGUUCAGAAGUGCUAUAUUGAACUGUCCAAGCAGGUUAAGGAGAAGCUUGGAAAGGUAGAUCCUUACUUUGACAAGCUGGCAGAUGCCAUGGUCACAUGGAUUGAAGCUUGGGAUGAGCUUAACCCAGCUGGAGCUGGCGCCACAGUGGCCAACGGCAAAGCCUAAGUACUUAGUGCUGAGAUUUUGCUUAGCUGCAGAUGCUAUUGUUUUCUCUAUAGUCAUUAUUAAACCAAAUUACUAGUUAUUUAGUAUUUUUGUAUCUUUAUUUAUGACUGAUUCAUGAUUCAGUUGAUGUUCUAUAUUUUUGCGGAUUAUGGGUGGAUGUCAUUUUUUUACAUUGAAACUGGAUUAUCAGAUUUAGAGAGCAAUAACAUACAGUAAUUUAUAUUCGCA